CUCUGUGCAGUACUGUGGAAUAGAGUUCCAUGUAGCCGUGGCUCUGUGCAGUACUGUGGAAUAGAGUUCCAUGUAGUCGUGGCUCUAUGUAGUACUGUGCACCUCCCAUAGUCUGUUCUGAACUUGGGGACUGUGAAGAGACCUCUGGUGGCAUGUCUUGUGGGGUAUGCAUUAGAGGUCGACCGAUUAAUCGGAAUGGCCGAUUUGAAUUAUUAUUAUUUUUACACCUUUAUUUAACUGGGCAAGUCAGUUAAGAACACAUUCUUAUUUUCAACGUUAACCCACUGUUGUCUACCGGGGAACAGUGGGUUAACAGCCUUGUUCAGAGGCAGAACGGCAGAUUUGUACCUUGUCAGCUCAGGGAUUCAAUCUUGCAACCUUACGGUUAACUAGUCCAACGCUCUAACCACCUGCCUCACGAGGAGCCCGCCUGUUAUGCGAAUGCAGUAAGCCAAGGUAAGUUGCUAGUGUAAGAAAUUGUAAUAGAUACUGAAAACUUGUUAUAACAACUUCUCAACACAGGCCAUACUUUGCACAACAUGCACCAACCCCCCCCCCGCUUUUCUGGUGAGACACAUCCUGCUCUCAUCAGAUAACAACCUCAGACACACACACAUAGAACAGGCCCCUGCUAAAACCAAACGCACACGCAUUCUGCUCAAGGUUGAGACUCUAAGACAAAGAACCAUGUUAAGAGCCAAUGGAACGUCGACACCAGGCCCGAACAGGACUACCCACGACCCAGAGCGACCAAUCUGACGAACAGACUCCCAGAAUAUACCUACGUCAUUUUACUGUAUAAAUGACCUGCACACCAUGUUUCGGGGCUCUUCCGAUAGUUCCAUAAGAACCAGACGAACAAGUCCGUGCAGCACGCGUUGCCAGAUAUCUUUACCUUUUAAUAAACUGCCUUUACUAUAUCUAAAGUCCACCCUGUCUAGCGUCUCAGCUUGGUCUCAUUUCUCCAGUAACGAUUCAUCAACACUAGCUAGCAUUAAACGUAUCUUAUAAAAAUCAAUCAAUCAUAAUCACUAGUUAUAACUCCUCAUGGUUGAUGAUAUUACUAGUUUAUCUAGCGUGUCCUGCGUUGCAUAUAAUCGAUGCGGUGCGCAUUCGCGAAAAAGGACUCGUUGCUCAAACGUGUACCUAAACAUCAAUGCCUUUCUUAAAAUCAAUACACAGAAGUAUAUAUUUUUAAACCUGCAUAUUUAGCUAAUAUAAAUCCAGGUUAGCAGGCAAUAUUAACCAGGUGAAAUUGUGUCACUUCUCUUGCACGCAGAGUCAGGGUAUAUGCAACAGUUUGGGCCGCCUGGCUCGUUGCGAACUAAUUUGCCAGAAUUUUACGUAAUUAUGACAUAACAUUGAAGGUUGCGCAAUGUAACAGUAAUAUUUAGACUGAUGGAUGCCAUCCAUUAGAUAAAAUAUGGAACGGUUCCGUUUUUCACUGAAAGAAUAAACGUCUUGUUUUCGAGAUGAUAGUUUCUGAAUUCGACCAUAUUAAUGACCUAAGGCUCGCAUUUCGGUGUGUUAUGUUAUAAUUAAGUCUAUGAUUUGAUAGAGCAGUCUGACUGAGCGGUGGUAGGCAGCAGCAGGCUCGUAAGCAUUCAUUCAAACAGCACUUCCGUGCAUUUUGCCAGCAGCUCUUCGCUGUGCUUCAAGCAUUGAACUGUUUGACUUCAAGCCUAUCAACUCCCGAGAUUAGGCUGGUGUAACCAAUGUGAAAUGGCUAGCUAGUUAGCGGGGUGCGCUCUACUAGCUAACAGCGUCACUCUGAGACUUGGAGUAGUUGUUCUCCUUGCUCUGCAUGGGUAACGCUGCUUCGAGGGUGGCUGUUGUCGAUGUGUUGCUGGUUCGAGCCCAGUGAGGAGAGGGACGGAAGCUAUACUGUUACACUGGCAAUACUAAAGUGCCUAUAAGAACAUCCAAUAGUCAAAGGUAUAUGAAAUACAAAUGGUAUAGAGAGAAAUAGUCCUCUAAUAACUACAACCUAAAACUUCUUACCUGGGAAUAUUGAAGACUCAUGUUAAAAGGAACCACCAGCUUUCAUAUGUUCUCAUGUUCUGAGCAAGGAACUUAAACGUUAGCUUUUUUACAUGGCUCAUAUUGCACUUUUACUUUCUUCUCCAACACUUUGUUUUUGCAUUAUUUAAACCAAAUUGAACAUGUUUCAUUAUUUAUUUGAGGCUAAAUUGAUUUUAUUGAUGUAUUAUAUUAAGUUAAAAAAAGUGUUCAUUCACUAUUGUUGUCAUUGUCAUUAUUACAAAUACAUGUAAAAAAAAACGGCCGAUUUAAUCGGUAUCGGCUUUUUUGGUCCUCCAAUAAUCGGUAUCGGUAUCUGCGUUGAAAAUUCAUAAUCGGUCGACCUCAAGUAUGCAUGGGUGUCCGGAGCUGUGUGCCAGUAGUUUAGACAGGCAGCUCGGUGUAUUCAACAUCAAAUGUAUUUAUAUAGCCCUUCUUACAUCAGCUGAUAUCUCAAAGUGCUGUACAGAAACCCAGCCUAAAACCCCAAAUAGCAAGCAAUGCAGGUGUAGAAGCACGGUGGCUAGGAAAAACUCCCUAGAAAGGCCAGAACCUAGGAAGAAACCUAGAGAGGAACCAGGCUAUGAGGGGUGGCCAGUCCUCUUCUGGCUGUGCCGGUGGGAGAUUAUAACAAAACAUGGCCAAGAUGUUCAAAUGUUCAUAGAUGACCAGCAGGGUCAAAUAAUAAUAAUCGCAGUAUUUGUCGAGGGUGCAGCAAGUCAGCUCCUCAGGAGUAAAUGUCAGUUGGCUUUUCAUAGCCGAUCAUUCAGAGUAUCUCUACCGCUCCUGUGGUCUCUAGAGAGUUGAAAACAGCAGGUCUGGGACAGGUAGCACGUCAGGUGAACAGGUCAGGGUUCCAUAGCCGCAGGCAGAACAGUUGAAACUGGAGCAGCAGCACGGCCAGGUGGACUGGGGACAGCAAGGAGUCAUCAUGCCAGGUAGUCAUGAGGCAUGGUCCUAGGGCUCAGGUCCUCCGAAAGAGAGAAUUAGAGAGAGCAUACUUAAAUUCACACAGGACACCGGAUAAGACAGGAGAAGUACUCCAGAUAUAACAAACUGACCCUAGCCCCCCGACACAAACUAAUGCAGCAUAAAUACUGGAGGCUGAGACAGGAGGGGUCAGGAGACACUGUGGCCCCAUCCGAUGAUACCCCCGGACAGGGCCUGCAUCUGCCUGCCCGCCCAGCAUCACUUCUCUGGACGGUUCUGACCUAGAAUAUGUGGACAACUACAAAUACCUAGGUGUCUGGUUAGACUGUAAACUCUCCUUCCAGACUCACAUCAAACAUCUCCAUUCCAAAGUUACAUCUAGAAUUGGCUUCCUUUUUUGCAACAAAGCAUCCUUCACUCAUGCUGCCAAACAUACCCUCGUAAAACUGAUCAUCUUACCGAUCCUCGACUUCGGCGAUGUCAUUUACAAAAUAGCCUCCAAUACCCUACUCAGCAAAUUGGAUGCAGUCUAUCACAGUGCCAUCCGUUUUGUCACCAAAGCCCCAUAUACUACCCACCACUGCGACCUGUACACUCUCGUUGGCUGGCCCUCGCUUCAUACUCGUCGCCAAACCAACUGGCUCCAGGUCAUCUAUAAGUCUCUGCUAGGUAAAGUCCCGCAUUAUCUCUGCUCGCUGGUCACCAUAGCAGCACCCACCCGUAGCACGCGCUCCAGCAGGUAUAUCUCUCUGGUCACCCCCAAAGCCAAUUCCUCCUUUGGUCAUCUUUCCUUCCAGUUCUCUGCUGCCAUUGACUGGAACGAACUACAAACUCUCUGAAACUGGAAACACUUAUCUCCCUCACUAGCUUUAAGCACCAGCUGUCAGAGCAGCUCACAGAUCACCGCACCUGUACAUAGCCCAUCUAUAAUUUAGCCCAAACAACUACCUCUUCCCCUACUGUAUUUAUUUAUUUUGCUCCUUUGCACCCUAGUAUUUCUACUCUGCACACUCAUCUACUGUCAAAUCUACCAAUCCAGUGUUUUAAUUGCUAUAUUGUGUUUACUUCGCCACCAUGGCCUAUUUAUUGCCUUUACCUCCCUUAUCUCACCUCAUUUGCUCACAUUGUAUAUAGACUUAUUUUUCUACUAUAUUAUUUACUGUAUGUUUGUUUAUUAUAUAUGUAACUCUGUGUCACACUGCUUUGCUUAUUCUUGGCCAGGUCGCAGUUGUAAAUGAGAACUUGUUAUCAACUUGCCUACCUGGUUAAAUAAAGGUGAAAUAAAAAAUGAAAACAGCCUCUCUUAGGGUGAGUGAAAUGGUCAGAGUGAGGUGUUCUCUCGUUUGUGUCAGAAAGUAACUAGCAGUGUGCGCUCUGAACGCUCCAACAGCCGAAACGCUCGGGAUUUAGCAGCUGACAAUCUGAUAUGACAAACGCUCUGAAUUUACGAAGAGCACACUCCGGCGCUCCAGAGUGAAUUUACGAACGCACCCAUAGUUGAUGAGCGACUUGGUCGUCUGAUUCGGUUCGGUGGCAGCAAGUAGCAACAGUACCUAUGGGGCGGAGUUAUGGGAGAUGCCCGAGUCAGUUUCCAAAUGUUUGUUUGUUCGUCGCGAUGGUCAGUAAUGCCGCGUUCACAAUACCUGGGAAUUUGGAAAUAUCCGACUUCAGUGCGUUCAAAACAAAUGGGAACUCGGGGGAAAAAACGAGCUCCGACUGGGAAAAAUCUAUUUGAACGGUGAGCCAACUCGGGGACUCUUUCUUGAGCUCCGACCUGGAGAAUACUGACGUCCUGAUUUGGUCUCGUAUUGUUCCGAGUUCCCAGUUGUUUUGUUCGUUAGGCAGUCGGAUCUGGCACUGACGCCGGGUCAUGGAGGAGAGGACGGUCUUUUGCGGUUUCAAAACAACUGGGAACUUCGGAAUAACAGGUCUUGACGUGAUGAUAUUAACGUCGGAGCUCUAGAAAGAUGCCCGAGUAUCCGACUUGAAUACCGAGUUGGAUGACCGUUCACAAUGUGUUUUUCCCAGUCUGAGAUCGUUUAAUUGUUGUUCCCAGUUGUCUUGAACGCCCUGAAGUUGGAGAUUUCCGAGUUCCCAGUUGUUUUGAACACGGCAUUGUGCCCAAACCAGAAAACCCCGUGUCACGCCAACGACAGAUCGCAACAUCCACAAUGGAACUUUCAUAUCAAUCUAUCAAAACCGCGAAUCAAGCAAGAGAGGCGGAUGAAAUGAGAACAGAGUCCAGAAGAAGAAAUCUACUCAUAUUAAUCUUUCAUCAUUUAAUGGAGGCAGGGUACAUGGAUGCUGCCAGUGCUCUGGAACAGGAUACCAACUUCGUACUGCGACGGUUUGAAGUGUGUGACAAUAUAGACCUGGACACAGUGUUGAUGGAGUAUGAGAGUUACUACUUCAUCAAGUUCCAGAGAUAUCCCAAACUAACCAAGAAACUGCCAGAAUCAGUUGAAAGUAAACAUGCAAGAAGUUGUGGAAAAAAGAGGGUCCCCUGUACUGGAAUUCAGCCCCUCCCCAGAAUAAACUCCUCCCACAGACCCCCCUCCAGGGGUGGAGUCAAGAAGACAGAACCCAAGAUGGUGAUCAAGGACGCCAGUAAAGCUGUUGGGGAGAACGGUGGACUCUCCUCUCCUCCAGAAUCGACAGAGUUCGGCCUGAAUGUUUCCCCCAUCGUCAGGAGUGGAGCAGGAGAAGGACAGAUGAAGAAGGGUCAUCUGAUUGACUACAGAGAGCUAGUCCAAGAUGCAUCCAACAGUCUGUCAGAACCCAUGGAGCCUCUUCUGAAACCCCUCAGCGCCUUCAUUGGGAUGAACAGUGAGAUGAGAGAUCUGGCUGCUGUUAUUAGCAGGGACAUCUAUUUACAGAACCCUGCUGUACGCUGGGAUGACAUUAUAGGCCUGCAGGCCGCCAAGCGAUUAGUCAAAGAGGCUGUCGUCUACCCUAUUAAGUAUCCACAGCUGUUCACUGGCAUCCUGUCUCCAUGGAAAGGUCUGCUGUUAUACGGGCCUCCAGGUACAGGUAAGACACUGCUGGCCAAGGCUGUAGCCACAGAGUGUAACACCACCUUCUUCAACAUCUCAGCCUCCAGCAUCGUCAGCAAGUGGAGAGGAGACUCUGAGAAGCUGGUCAGGGUGUUGUUUGAGCUGGCUCGGUACCACGCCCCUUCCACCAUCUUCCUGGAUGAACUGGAGUCAGUUAUGAGCCAGAGAGGGACGGGAGGAGGAGGAGAGCACGAGGGCAGCAGAAGGAUGAAGACAGAGCUUUUGGUCCAGAUGGAUGGACUGGCCCGAUCUGAUGAUCUGGUUUUUGUCCUGGCAGCAUCUAACCUUCCCUGGGAGCUGGAUCAUGCCAUGCUGAGACGUCUGGAGAAAAGGAUUCUGGUUGGCCUUCCCUCUGGCCCUGCCCGACAGGCCAUGGUCUCUCAUUGGCUGCCUCCACUCAGCUGCACUGGAGGGGUGGAGCUACGCACCGAGCUGGCCUAUGAGACGCUUGCACAGGCGACGGAAGGAUACUCUGGGUCUGAUAUCAGGCUGGUGUGUAAAGAAGCAGCCAUGAGACCAGUCAGGAAGAUAUUUGAUGCUCUAGAAAGCCACCAGCAGGGGAGCUGCAACAUGCCUGUCAUUCACCUGGAAACCGUGACAACAGAGGACUUCCUGGAGGUGAUCGCUCACACCAAACCCUCGGCCAGGAACCUUACAGACAAAUACACCGCCUGGGAGACUGAGUACGAGUCUGUGUGACUCAACAUAGCAAUAUACAGCGCCUUCAGAAAGUAUUCAGACCCCUUGACUUUUUCCACAUUUUGUUACGUUACAGCCUUAAUUUAAAAUGUAUUAAAGAAAAUAAAAGAAAUCCUCAUCUAAACACAAUACCCCUUAAUGACAAAUUAAAAACAGUUUUAUUUAAAUAAACAGAAAUAUCUUAAUUCCGUAAGUAUUCAAACCCUUUGCUGUGAGACUCGAAAUUGUGCUCAGGGACUGCCUGUUUCCAUUGAUCCUCCUUGAGAUGUUUCUACAACUUGAUUGGAGUCCACCUGUGGUCAAUUCAAUUGAUUGGACAUGAUUUGGAAAGGCACACACCCGUCUAUAUAAGGUCCCACAGUUGACAGUACAUGUCAGAGCAAAAACCAAGCUAUGAGAUCAAAGGAAUUGUCCGUAGAGCUCCGAGACAGGAUUGUGUCGAGGGACAGAUCUGGGGAAGGGUACAACAAAAAAUGUCUGCAGCAUUGAAGGUCCCCAAGAACACAGUGGCCUCCAUCAUUCUUACAUGGAAGAAGUUUGGAACCACCAAGACUCUUCCUAGAGCUGGUCGCCCGGCCAAACUGAGCAAUCGGGGGAGAAGGGCCUUGGUCUGGAAGGUGACCAAGAACCUGAUGGUCACUCUGACAGAGUUCCAGAGUUCCUCUGUGGAGAUGGGAGAACCUUCCAUAAGGGCAACCAUCUCUGCAGCACUCCACCAAUCAGGCCUUUAUGGUAGAGUGGCCAGAUGGACACCACUCCUCAGUAAAAGGUACAUGACGGCCCGCUUAGAGUUUGCCAAAAGGCUCCUAAAGACUCUGACCAUGAGAAACAAGAUUCUCUGGUCUGAUGAAACCAAGAUUGAACUCUUUAGCCUGAAUGCCAAGCGUCACGUCUGGAGGAAACCUGACACCAUCUCUACGGUGAAGCACGGUGGUGGCAGCAUCACGUCUGGAGGAAACCUGACACCAUCUCUACGGUGAAGCACGGUGGUGGCAGCAUCAUGUCUGGAGGAAACCUGACACCAUCUCUACGGUGAAGCACGGUGGUGGCAGCAUCAUGUCUGGAGGAAACCUGACACCAUCUCUACGGUGAAGCACGGUGGUGGCAGCAUCAUGUCUGGAGGAAACCUGACACCAUCUCUACGGUGAAGCACGGUGGUGGCAGCAUCAUGUCUGGAGGAAACCUGACACCAUCUCUACGGUGAAGCACGGUGGUGGCAGCAUCAUGUCUGGAGGAAACCUGACACCAUCUCUACGGUGAAGCACGGUGGUGGCAGCAUCACGUCUGGAGGAAACCUGACACCAUCUCUACGGUGAAGCACGGUGGUGGCAGCAUCAUGUCUGGAGGAAACCUGACACCAUCUCUACGGUGAAGCACGGUGGUGGCAGCAUCAUGUCUGGAGGAAACCUGACACCAUCUCUACGGUGAAGCACGGUGGUGGCAGCAUCAUGUCUGGAGGAAACCUGACACCAUCUCUACGGUGAAGCACGGUGGUGGCAGCAUCAUGUCUGGAGGAAACCUGACACCAUCUCUACGGUGAAGCACGGUGGUGGCAGCGUCAUGUCUGGAGGAAACCUGACACCAUCUCUACGGUGAAGCACGGUGGUGGCAGCGUCAUGUCUGGAGGAAACCUGACACCAUCUCUACGGUGAAGCACGGUGGUGGCAGCGUCAUGUCUGGAGGAAACCUGACACCAUCUCUACGGUGAAGCACGGUGGUGGCAGCGUCACGUCUGGAGGAAACCUGACACCAUCUCUACGGUGAAGCACGGUGGUGGCAGCGUCACGUCUGGAGGAAACCUGACACCAUCUCUACGGUGAAGCACGGUGGUGGCAGCGUCAUGUCUGGAGGAAACCUGACACCAUCUCUACGGUGAAGCACGGUGGUGGCAGCGUCAUGUCUGGAGGAAACCUGACACCAUCUCUACGGUGAAGCACGGUGGUGGCAUGAGGGGAUGUUUUUCAGCGGCAGGGACUGGGAGACUAGUCAGGAUUGAGGGAAAGAUGAACGGAGCAAAGUACAGAAAGAUCAUUGGCGAAAACCUGUUCCAGAGCACUCAGGACCUCAGACCGGGGUGAAUGUUCACCUUCCAACAGGACAACGACCCUAAGCACACAGCCAAGACAAUGCAGGAGUGGCUUCGGGACAAGGGAUUUUUUUUUUUAAAUUAAUUUUAGUAUAAGGCUGUAACGUAACAAAACGUGGAAAAGGUCAAGGGGUCUGAAUACUUUCCGAAUGCACUGUCCAUAUCUGUAGCAAUGAGCAUCUUAGAUCAGCGAUACAAUGUAACAGGGCAGUGUGUCUGUACAGGGCUUGUCUGAGACAGAUCCCAGGGCAGUGUGUCUGUACAGGGCUUGUCUGAGACAGAUCCCAGGGCAGUGUGUCUGUACAGGGCUUGUCUCAGACAGAUCCCAGGUCAGUGUGUCUGUACAGGGCUUGUCUCAGACAGAUCCCAGGUCAGUGUGUCUGUACAGGGCUUGUCUGAGACAGAUCCCAGGUCAGUACAGGGCUUGUCUGAGACAGAUCCCAGGUCAGUGUGUCUGUACAGGGCUUGUCUGAGACAGAUCCCAGGUCAGUGUGUCUGUACAGGGCUUGUCUCAGACAGAUCCCAGGUCAGUGUGUCUGUACAGGGCUUGUCUGAGACAGAUCCCAGGUCAGUGUGUCUGUACAGGGCUUGUCUCAGACAGAUCCCAGGUCAGUGUGUCUGUACAGGGCUUGUCUGAGACAGAUCCCAGGUCAGUGUGUCUGUACAGGGCUUGUCUGAGACAGAUCCCAGGUCAGUGUGUCUGUACGGGGCUUGUCUCAGACAGAUCCCAGGUCAGUGUGUCUGUACAGGGCUUGUCUGAGACAGAUCCCAGGUCAGUGUGUCUGUACGGGGCUUGUCUCAGACAGAUCCCAGGUCAGUGUGUCUGUACAGGGCUUGUCUGAGACAGAUCCCAGGUCAGUGUGUCUGUACGGGGCUUGUCUCAGACAGAUCCCAGGUCAGUGUAUCUGUAACUACACUGAAGAAAUGGAAGGUUGCUGAUCUGUGUUUUAUACAGGUGACUGGAGUCUCUAUGUUCAAUUAAAGACAAUAUGAGUCAUUGGUA